AUGCGCACUUCAUCCAUCUCCAUCAUUCUGUACACGCUUACAGGUGCAUCACAUGCUUUGUACUCGGGAAAGUACUGCCCUUUGGCAUGUGAGACCGGCGUCAACUAUGUAACCUUCAACGACACCGACCCUUCGCUUUCGAGCAAGAUCCGAGGAUGCCAAAGUGAAUUACGCCUCACAUCACUGUAUCUGUGCUUCGACGAGUUCUGCAUACAGGAUGGCCAGACAGAAAAAUGGAUCGAGAACCAGAAACCCUGGUGUGAAGCACACGCAAACAUUACAUUACCUUCCUUUCGCGAUGUUCUGGACCAAUGGACCCCUGACGACAAGGCCAGAGUGACGCGACUGGCGGCUGAAAAGGCAUUGAAGUUUCCGACCAUUGAUGAAGUUGUGAUACCAAGUGAUGAGCUUGUAAGGCGAGCUUUCACCACCAUGGAGGCGGCAUUCUGGGAAUACGAGAUCCAUCUCGUGUAUGGCUGCUCCUACCGUCUUACCGAAGGCAACCUUUAUUGGCCGAAGAAGUCGGUGCAAUUUCUCCGUUUUGUAUCGGAUCGUACGGGAAUCAUAUCGCUCGCGAACUUCCCACUUGUUUGGCUCUUUGGUAUGCGCAAUGAUCUUUUGAUCUGGGUCACUGGAUGGGGGUUCGGUACCUACAACGCGUUCCAUCGGUGGGCGGCAAGGGUUGCCACAGUACAAGCCGUAGCGCACAGUGUGGGAUACACGCUGAUGAUACUGGAGCGCGGAGGAUGGCCAACUUUUCUAAAUUACUGGACGAAGCACUACUUUUGGAACGGCGAACUGUCAACCAUAGCCAUGUGCGGUCUUUUGGCGUUCUCGUUCCACGGUAUACGCCGUGCGCACUACGAGUUCUUCCUCGUCACGCACAUAGCGCUCUCGAUCGCAACCCUCUGGACUAUGUAUUACCAUGUUGAGAUUUUCACUAAUGGCGAGUGGAACAUAUUCAUCUGGCCAUGCGUCGGUUUCUGGGUCUUUGACCGGAUUAUGCGCCUCUCACGAAUUUUAGCUUUCAACCGCAGCCCGCUGAGUACCAAGGCUAGGGUCACUUAUGACCCCAGCAGUAAUCUCGUACGUAUGGAAGUUGAUGACAGCAAGAGCUUAGUAGCCCCAAGGCCUGGCUCUUACUACUACAUCCACGUGUUGGAUGAUCUGUUCUAUGCACAUCAGAGCCAUCCGUUCACGUUGGCAUAUAGUUCAAGAGAUACGGACGAUCCUCCAUCUACGCCACUUUCACCGCUUUCAGCGAGGCCGGAACACUCGCGUACUUCAUCAGCCUCAACCACAGAGUCGGAUGCACUCCUGUCGUCUAAAGCCUCGGAUGCCUCAUCGAAUAUGGUGUUCCUUGUCCGACCUUACGACGGCUUCACGUCCCGAUUGAAGUCACAUUGUCUCUUACACCCCAAAAGACUCCGUGUCCUUGUGGAAGGGCCUUAUGGACACACUGUUCCUCUCCGCAGUUCACAAAACAUUCUGUUCGUAGUCGGUGGAACGGGUAUCGCGGUCCCGCUAUCACACCUAGCCCACGUUCUGGCCAGUACAUCACGUGUACGCAGUGUGAAGAUUGUAUGGGCAGUACGCGAGUACGCGUUCCUCACUUCUGUUCUCCGCGACUUCAGAGGCUCGUUGAGUGAUGAGAGAGUCGAGAUGGAAGUGCACGUCACUCGGGAUGAUGAGGCAAAAGACGAUGUGUUGGGCGAAGACUUGAAGAGCGUAAGAAUCAUGGCACACAGACCUGACGUACAUGAAACAGUUCAAGAGGCUGCUAGAGAUGCGGGCCAGCAACGUCUGGCGAUUGUGGCUUGUGGACCAGCUUUGAUGGCGGAUCAAGCUAGGAGAGCGAGUGUCCAGAUGUUGGCUAAAGGUUAUAGAGGGGUGGAGUACUUUGAAGAAAGCUUCAAGUGGUAG